AUGUCUCGCGCCCCUCGUGGUCCUCUCUACGCCAAAAUGGCGGGCAUCUUCACACUCUGCGCAGUUGGCGGGCCCGCACUCAUGUACUACGUAACACCCGACCCAGACACCCUCUUCUCGCGCUUCAGUCCGGAAUUGCAGAAACAGAAUCUCGAGAACCGCGAUCGGCGUAAGGCCGAAUACGAGGACUUCCGCUCGAAGAUGAUUGAAUACAGCAAGAGCGACAAACCCAUUUGGGUGGCGGCCGCGGAGGCACAGGACAAGGCGCGAUUGGAGAUACAGGAACGGGCAUUGAGGGAGGACAAGGCGCGAAAGGAGGCGAAGAGGGGUAUGAGGGAAGAGAUGGAGAGAGGUGGCUAG